AUGAAUUCAAAUCUUAGAGAUCUUGAAAUUAGAGGAGCACCAUUCGAAGAGUCUCGUCGUAUUCUUACACCUGAUGCUUUGGUUUUCUUGGUGCAAUUGGAGCGUCGCUUCGGUGGUGUCAGACGUGAUCUCUUGGCAAAGCGUAAGGAGCGUCAGUUGGAGUUGAAUCGUGGUGUUCUACCAGACUUCCUUCCACAGACCGCCAGCGUUAGAAGUGGCAGCUGGCGUUGUGCACCAGUGCCAGCCGAUAUCCAAGAUCGUCGUGUCGAAAUCACUGGUCCCACCGACCGUAAGAUGGUGAUCAAUGCACUCAACUCUGGUGCCAAGGUAUUCAUGGCCGACUUUGAAGAUGCCAAUUGUCCAAACUGGGCAAACUCUAUCACUGGACAACAGAAUAUGAUCGAUGCCAACCGUCGUACCAUCAGCUACACCUCACCCGAUGGAAGACAAUACAACUUGAAAAAAGAGGUUGCCGUACUCUUUGUUCGUCCAAGAGGAUGGCAUCUCGAUGAAGAGCACAUCUACAUUGACGGACGUCCAAUGUCUGGUUCACUCUUUGACUUUGGUCUCUACCUCUUCCACAACCACAAGAUUCUAGCUGACAGAAGAUCAGGUCCAUACUUUUACCUUCCAAAAUUAGAGAGUCACUUGGAAGCAAGACUUUGGAAUGAUGUAUUUGUAUUCUCACAGAAAUAUUUGAAUAUGCCAAAUGGAACUAUCAAGGCAACAGUUCUCAUUGAAACUAUUUUGGCAUCUUUCGAAAUGGAUGAGAUUUUAUAUGAACUUAGAGAUCACUCUGCUGGUUUGAAUUGUGGACGUUGGGACUAUAUCUUUAGUGUCAUCAAGAAGUUCAAUCAGCUUCCACAGUUUGUCUUGCCGGAUCGUUCAAAGGUUACAAUGACAUCGCCAUUCAUGGAGGCAUAUGUAAAGUUGUUAAUUUACACCUGUCAUCGUAGAGGUGUUCAUGCAAUGGGUGGCAUGGCUGCACAGAUCCCAAUCAAAGACAACAAGGCUGCCAAUGACGCUGCCAUGGAGAAGGUCAAGCAAGAUAAGCUUAGAGAAGUCAAAUUCGGACAUGACGGAACAUGGGUUGCACAUCCUGCACUCAUCCCAAUUGCACUCGAACAAUUCAAUACCUACAUGAAGACACCAAACCAAAUCGCAAACAUCCCAACCAACCCAGGUAUCACCGCCAAGCAUCUACUCAACGUUCCACCAGUAUCGCCAGGCGAUAUCACCGAGGAUGGAAUCAGAUCAAACAUUAUCGUAGGUGUAGAGUACAUCGAUGCCUGGUUGAACGGUAACGGUUGUGUACCAAUCAACUAUCUCAUGGAAGAUGCUGCUACCGCUGAAAUCUCUAGAUCUCAAAUUUGGCAAUGGAUUAGACAUCAUUCAAAGCUACCAAAUAAUCAACCAAUUACAAUUCAAUAUAUUGAUGGUGUAUUGAGAGAUAUUGAGAAUAAGGUAUUCUCAAAAUCGAAAUCACAAACCAUCAAGCAUGCCACCUCAAUCUUUUAUACAUUAAUUUCAUCACCAGAGUUCAUUGAUUUCUUGACACCAUCAGCAUACAACUACAUUGUCAAACAAGAAAGAGUUGCACAACAACCAAAACUUUAA